AACCCUGGAGAACACAAGAGCAGAGCAAUUUAAAUAGAAGGAAUCCCCAGCAAAAAUGAUGCUGAAUUUCAAGGGAAGCAGAACAAGGACAUUUGCUGGACGAGUCACACACCGAUUGCUAGAGCGUUUUCUUGUAGUCCAGCGUAGAUGGGCUAACCAGGAUCCAGCAAUAUAUUUUAAUGAUCCCCGAACUAAACUUUUCCCCGCCUUCUUGCCUACUGCGUCCACCGAUGCUCCCUGUGGAGAAAUGGCGCUGACGGCAGAACGAGCGAGAGGGCAAGCUAUUUGCCUCCCGUUCCCGCUAUCAUGAGAAGUUGGGGCUAUUAGAGGACCACAUUAGCCUUUUCAGCGCGAUUUGUGCCGGGAACUGGUAAACAGCGUGAACCAAGCACGAUGAUAGCCUGCCCUUCGUUAAGAGAUACCGGUUCAAGACCUGAGGCGUUGGAUUCGUCCAGUGUGCAGGACUUAAGGAACACAAAAGUUGCACGACAGAAAGAAAGUCAAAAUCCAUGAAGAGGUCUCCAGAUGAUUAGAAUAAACUUCAGCAUAACUCAAAUGCUGCUUAAAUGAACCAUUUAAAACAUACACUUUUAUGUGGGCUAAUCAUGAUCCACCACUUUGAAACCACCUAUCACAUUAUUUGCGAUUAAUCACCACCGGAUAUUGGGCAUUUGGUACUUCCUAAAUAAAGAAAAGCACUACACUACCCAUCACGACCGAUAGGCUAUAUCUCCAUGGGAUGGUCAAGGGCCUGACUUGCCCCAGUUACCCAGAAACUGCCAAAGUCCAAGUCAGCAGCUCGACAGGAGCGAUUUUCAUUCGCUUGCCUAGUGAAAACAGAGAGAUAUGAAUGUGGAAUAUACUCGUAUAUCGUGUGCAUAGGGAGAAAAGCUACUUCUCUAAUGGAUUUCACACAUAAUCGACAAUUCUGUGACAGUGAGUUAUAUUUAUUUAUAUGUGUACCGAGUGCUUUGGCAUUUGUUUGGUUCUCCGGCUAUCUUAUCUGGAGUGUCGGAGUGGCCUGCGACUGUGGAACAAUUGGAAGUGCGAUAAGCGCCUAUAGAAUUCCAACUGCUCGCCCCAGCCAGUCAGUUGAAAUCGGAGCUGCCUGCGAAUUAUCCACUAUCCAUGACCGACCGGCUAUCGCGCCUCUGAUACUGCGUCAUCCGAAUCCGAAGGAAAAGUUUGAUUACCCCAGGAAAACUCAUAAUCGGAAGCCCCAGAAGUGUUUUGUGGUCAACUGGUGUGCAAGGUGUUGCUGCUGUUGCUGCUGUUGCAGUUGCAACUUCAUUGGGCAACAUUGUGUGAUUUGGCAGGAAUAGGCUCUUGAAAAGCGGAAGAGUUCCUACACUUGACGUCACUGGGCAACGGGAGGUGAAGCAAGAGGAGGAGACGAAGGGUUCUCCACUGGCCAGCUGCCUUACCCAGCAGCGAUAAGCCCAAGUGCGGCCAAUCGAGAAGAAGCCAAAGUGGAUAGGGCGUUGGGAACCCGAUAGCCGAACCCAGCAUCAUGCAGACGACAAGUCAGCGGCCAGUAACGCCUGGAACUCCAGACUCGGCGCAUAUUGUAAUCGGCGCCGCGGGAUUCGUAGCACACGAAAGACGCCAGCCCGGAAAGACCCUGAUGAAUUGCUUUCGCGAUCGCUCCACGCCGUCGUCGUCAUCGUCGCAGGCCCAACACGCCUAUAUGCGCGGCCACAGCGUCACCUCGGGCACUCUGUUUCGCCUGGAGGGCAGUGGUGGCUCCAAUUGCACCUUGGAUAAGGCGGGAAAACAGGAUUCCGGGCGACCCGAGGCGGUCGUCCUUCUCAGAGAGCUGAAAACCAGACCCAACAAGCUGGCGCUGCUCAAGAGCAGCAGCACCAAGGAUCUGACCCGCCUGUUCCUGGACGACUCAACCAACACAGCUGUACUGGUGUCCAACACCAGUCUCGAUGUCUGCUCUUCGAACUCCAGCUCUGGCGGCAGUCCGGCGGUGGGCAGGUCCAAGUCAGGCAGGGAUCGCCGCAGUGGACUGGAGUGCUGCAGCAGCUGCUCUAAGCGCUGGCACGAUCUCAAGCAGCGUAUGCACACUCUGGAGCAGGAUCUGCUCGUCCAGACCACAUACAGCCAGGAGCUGGAGCAGAAGGUGGGCGAAAUGAGUCGCCAAUUGACGGAACUGCUUCAGGAACGCGACAGGGAGAGGGACAAGGAUAAACCGCGCUUCGCAGGAGCAGGCGGUGUUGCAGCGCCUGGCAAGCGAACUGCUCAUGGCAGUCCCAUUGUCCGACCCUCGCGCCUGGUCGCCUGGAUGAACCUGUCCAACUGGUUCAAGAGCAGACCCAGCGUGGAAACGCUGCGGGAACAGCGCAUCUUCUUCGACGAGCCCUGCUUCGAUACGGACCUGGAGAUGGUUCUUAAGCACGACCAGCACCGCACAGUGCCGCGGAUCGUCGUGGAUUGCUGCGAUCUUAUCGAGCAAAAGUACCGCAGAUCCACGCAGCCCAUUGAGGGAAUCUAUCGGCAGUGCGGCGAUUACAAUAAAAUCCAAACGCUGCGCUUCAGCAUCGACGCCAAUGACUAUGAUUCACUGCGUCAGCCGGACGUGGACAUACACACGUUGACCGGUGUGCUGAAGCUCUUCCUGCGCGAAAUCAAGAGUCCGCUGGUCAGUGUCAACGAGGCCAAGACCUUCAUUGGACAGCCCAAUCAGUGGUUGUUAACCGAUCUUUCUGUGAAGUUGGAUUCCCUGAAAAGACUGAUUCGCUCGCUGCCGGAGAGCAACCGGGACACCAUGGAUUACAUCUUCGGGCACUUCAAUAGAAUAACCAAGGUACCGCUGCAGCAGAUCAGCGCGGAGACGCUGUCCAUAUCGGUGACGCCCUCGAUUUUCCACACGGUGCCGCAAGGCAUCCACAUGCAGGACAUCCAGCAACUUUUGCGGGAGGGCGAAACUCUGGCCGACUGCGUGAAGCUGAUGAUCGAGUACCAGGGGCGCAUAUUCGACCGCUUAUGCCUCAUCCAAACCGCUCACCUACUGUGCCGUUGUUUCGAUCGCUUUGCUAACCACUCGAAAUCCGAACCUGAACCUGAACCUGAACCCGUACCCACUGUACCUGCAACACCUGUCCCCAUUCCCAACGUUUCCGAUCCCAAUCCCGAUCACGUCGCCAACAGAUGCACCGCCGAUCGCCGCCGCCUGAGCAUGCGCAACCUGAAGAAGACUCUGUCGCAGCCGGACCUGCUCUUUCACAAUCUAUUCUGAUCUGGGCCAAUGACAUGGAUCCUUCAUGCCGGAGAGAGCACUGUACAUAUGGAAUGACUUUAGGCCCCACUAGCAACUGUGUCCUAAACUUAUUUUUUUCUAUUUUUACUUUAUCAACUAACUUUUGUACUUAUAUUUAAUAAACUAAAAGGGUUUCCACCUUUACUUAGUA